AUGGAGUUUCUUAAGGAAUACUUUGAAAAUAUGUAUCGUAGUAAGAUAAAUAAGAGUGUGAUGGAAAUACAACAGUUCCUCGAGAAAAUUACUAUUAUAAAGCUAACUGAGGUUCAAAGAGAAAGUUUAGAAGCUCCUUUAGACAUUACAGAAGUGGAGGGUGACAAUGUGCAUAGAGACAUCGAAUGUAAGAAGGGUGACAAUGUGCAUAGAGACAUCGAAUGUGAGAAGGGUGACAAUGUGCAUAGAGACAUCGACUGUAAGAAGGGUGACAAUGUGCAUAGAGACAUCGACUGUAAGAAGGGUGACAAUGUGCAUAGAGACAUCAAACGUAAGAAGGGUGACAAUGUGCAUAGAGACAUUGAAUGUAAGAAGGAUGACAAUGUGCAUAGAGACAUCAAACGUAAGAAGGGUGACAAUGUGCAUAGAGACAUCGAAUGUGAGAAGAAUGACAAUGUGCAUAGAGACAUCGAAUGUGAGAAGGGUGACAAUGUGCAUAGAGACAUCGAAUGUAAGAAAGGUGACAAUGUGCAUAGAGACAUCGAAUGUAAGAAGGGUGACAAUGUGCAUAGAGACAUCGAAUGUAAGAAGGGUGACAAUGUGCAUAGAGACAUCGAAUGUAAGAAGGGUGACAAUGUGCGUAGAGACAUCGAAUACAUCGAAUGUGAGAAGGGUGACAAUGUGCAUAGAGACAUCGAAUGUGAGAAGGGUGACAAUGUGCAUAGAGACAUCGACUGUGAGAAGGGUGACAAUGUGCAUAGAGACAUCAACUGUGAGAAGGGUGACAAUGUGCAUAGAGACAUCGAAUGUGAGAAGGGUGACAAUGUGCAUAGAGACAUCAACUGUGAGAAGGGUGACAAUGUGCAUAGAGACAUCGAAUGUGAGAAGGGUGACAAUGUGCAUAGAGACAUCGAAUGUGAGAAGGGUGACAAUGUGCAUAGAGACAUCGAAUGUGAGAAGGGUGACAAUGUGCAUAGAGACAUCGAAUUGCAUAGAGACAUCAACUGUAAGAAGGAUGACAAUGUGCAUAGAGACAUCGAAUGUAAGAAGGAUGACAAUGUGCAUAGAGACAUCGAAUGUAAGAAGGGUGACAAUGUGCAUAGAGACAUCGAAUGUGAGAAGGGUGACAAUGUGCAUAGAGACAUCGACUGUAAGAAGGGUGACAAUGUGCAUAGAGACAUUGAACAUAAGAAGGGUGACAAUGUGCAUAGAGACAUCGAAUGUGAGAAGGAUGACAAUGUGCAUAGAGACAUCGAAUGUAAGAAGGGUGACAAUGUGCAUAGAGACAUCGAAUGUGAGAAGGGUGACAAUGUGCAUAGAGACAUCGACUGUAAGAAGGGUGACAAUGUGCAUAGAGACAUUGAACAUAAGAAGGGUGACAAUGUGCAUAGAGACAUCGAAUGUGAGAAGGAUGACAAUGUGCAUAGAGACAUCGAAUGUGAGAAGGGUGACAAUGUGCAUAGAGACAUCGAAUGUGAGAAGGAUGACAAUGUGCAUAGAGACAUCGAAUGUAAGAAGGAUGACAAUGUGCAUAGAGACAUCGACUGUAAGAAGGGUGACAAUGUGCAUAGAGACAUCGAAUGUGAGAAGGGUGACAAUGUGCAUAGAGACAUCGACUGUAAGAAGGGUGACAAUGUGCAUAGAGACAUCGAAUGUGAGAAGGGUGACAAUGUGCAUAGAGCCAUCGAAUGUAAGAAGGGUGACAAUGUGCAUAGAGACAUCGACUGUAAGAAGGGUGACAAUGUGCAUAGAGACAUCGAAUGUGAGAAGGGUGACAAUGUGCAUAGAGACAUCGACUGUAAGAAGGGUGACAAUGUGCAUAGAGACAUCGAAUACGUCGAAUGUGAGAAGGGUGACAAUGUGCAUAGAGACAUCGAAUGUGAGAAGGGUGACAAUGUGCAUAGAGACAUCGAAUGUAAGAAGGGUGACAAUGUGCAUAGAGACAUCGAACGUAAGAAGGGUGACAAUGUGCAUAGAGACAUCGACUAUAAGAAGGGUGACAAUGUGCAUAGAGACAUCGAACGUGAGAAGGGUGACAAUGUGCAUAGAGACAUCGAAUGUAAGAAGGGUGACAAUGUGCAUAGAGACAUCGAAUGUGAGAAGGGUGACAAUGUGCAUAGAGACAUCGACUGUAAGAAGGGUGACAAUGUGCGUAGAGACAUCGAAUGUAAGAAGGGUGACAAUGUGCAUAGAGACAUCGAAUGUAAGAAGGGUGACAAUGUGCAUAGAGACAUCGACUAUAAGAAGGGUGACAAUGUGCAUAGAGACAUCGAACACAUCGAAUGUAAGAAGGGUGACAAUGUGCAUAGAGACAUCGAACGUAAGAAGGGUGACAAUGUGCAUAGAGACAUCGACUAUAAGAAGGGUGACAAUGUGCAUAGAGACAUCGAAUGUGAGAAGGGUGACAAUGUGCAUAGAGACGUCGAAUGUGAGAAGGGUGACAAUGUGCAUAGAGACAUCGACUGUAAGAAGGGUGACAAUGUGCAUAGAGACAUCGAAUGUGAGAAGGGUGACAAUGUGCAUAGAGACAUCGAAUGUGAGAAGGGUGACAAUGUGCAUAGAGACAUCGACUGUAAGAAGGGUGACAAUGUGCAUAGAGACAUCGAACGUAAGAAGGGUGACAAUGUGCAUAGAGACAUCGAAUGUGAGAAGGGUGACAAUGUGCAUAGAGACAUCGAAUGUGAGAAGGGUGACAAUGUGCAUAGAGACAUCGAAUGUGAGAAGGGUGACAAUGUGCAUAGAGACAUCGACUGUGAGAAGGGUGACAAUGUGCAUAGAGACAUCGAAUGUGAGAAGAAUGACAAUGUGCAUAGAGACAUCGAAUGUAAGAAGUGUGACAAUGUGCAUAGAGACAUCGACUGUAAGAAGGGUGACAAUGUGCAUAGAGACAUCGACUGUAAGAAGGGUGACAAUGUGCAUAGAGACAUCGAACGUGAGAAGGAUGACAAUGUGCAUAGAGACAUCGAAUGUGAGAAGGAUGACAAUGUGCAUAGAGACAUCGAAUGUAAGAAGGGUGACAAUGUGCAUAGAGACAUCGACUGUAAGAAGGGUGACAAUGUGCAUAGAGACAUCGAAUAUAAGAAGGGUGACAAUGUGCAUAGAGACAUCGACUGUAAGAAGGGUGACAAUGUGCAUAGAGACAUCGAAUGUGAAGUAUCCAUGGGCCCCUUAGGAAGCACAUAUGGUUUGUCCAUCCCUACGUACAGCCAAACCACAGAAAACACGGUGAUUGUGCAUUCUCUUUGUGUCAUUUAUAACCUUGAGCAUCGCUUUUUCAUUAUGUGA